UCAAUAAGAAGUGAAGAUUCCACUGUAGAUGCGUGCCAUAACAUGAAAUGCGACUUUUGUAGCGUUAAGUUAAUGUUUUAAAUUCUUAACACGAAAUUAAUUUGCAGCUUAAUUUAUUGAUUAACGUGCUAGACCAUAUGGAAAAUUAGACACUAUAUAUCGAUAAUAUAUAGUGUCUAAUUAGGAUCGAGACCAGGAUAAAUUUGAGAUUGCACUUGUCACGCAAAAACACCACCGUCCACAAAAUAAUGAUGUGUCUAAGCUCUUGUUUUACUGGUGUAGUUAUUGUGCUGUUAUUUUCAUUUUCAUCUUCUUCACUUGAUACUCCUGAAAAGUUUGUUCAAUGUCUUUACAACUAUCCCCAUAUUACCAACCCAAUCUCCAAUGUUGUUUAUACCCAAACCAACUCUUCAUACUCCUCUGUCCUAAAUGUUUCCAUUCAAAACCAUAGGUUCUUCAACUCAAGCUCAAAACCCCAAGUAAUUGUCACAGCACUCCACGUUUCCCACAUUCAAGCCACCAUAUUCUGCUCCCAAAGCCAUGGCCUACAGAUUAGAACCCGAAGCGGAGGCCAUGAUUACGAGGGUCUCUCCUACGUUGCCGAGGUUCCCUCUGUCAUCGUUGACCUCUUAUACCUUAGAAAAAUCACAGUUGACAUAGAAAACCGAACUGCAUGGGUUCAAGCUGGGGCAACCAUUGGUGAACUUUACUACACGAUUAGCCAGAAAACCAAAACACUAGGGUUCCCAGCUGGUGUGUGCUCCACUGUAGGCACUGGUGGCCACUUCAGUGGAGGUGGCUAUGGAUUCUUGAUGCGUAAGUACGGUCUUGCCUCUGAUAAUAUCUUAGAUGCUCACAUAAUAGACGUGAAUGGUAAUCUUCUUGACAGAAAAGCCAUGGGUGAGGAUCUGUUUUGGGCCAUCAGAGGAGGUGGCGGAGCAAGCUUUGGAGUCAUCGUGGCUUGGAAGAUAAAACUAGUUCCGGUUCCAUCAACUGUGACAGUGUUCAAUGUUUCAAGGACAUUGGAAGAAUAUGAAACCGAUAUUAUUCAAAAGUGGCAGCUUGUGGCGAAUAAAUUGGACAAGCGCAUAUUCCUUAGGAUGGACUUGACAAGGGCAAAUUCAAGUGAACAUGGAAAGCAAACAAUACAAGCAAAUUUUGUGUCCGUGUUUCUGGGAGGUGUAGAAGAGUUUAUUCCAUUGAUGCGAAAGAGCUUCCCAGAGUUGGGUUUGGACAAAAAAGACUGUACUGAGACGAGUUGGAUUGGGUCAGUUGUUUUCAUGAAUGCUGGGUUCAUUGGAUCUAGAGACCUUGAAGCCACUGAAGUUUUGGUGAACAGAACUCGAACUCGUGUGAAGAACUUCAAAGGGAAAUCUGAUUAUGUGAGGAAACCAAUUCCUGUUGAUGGAUUACGAGGGUUAUGGCGCUUGCUUUAUGACGAUGGCAUUGAAUAUGGUCAGCUUCAAUUUGCCCCUUAUGGAGGCAUAAUGGAUGAGAUUUCUGAAUCUCAAACUCCAUUCUCACACAGAUCCGGAUACAUAUUUCAUAUUCACUAUAUUGCCACUUGGCUUGAGGAAGGCGAUGAGACUGCACAAAGACACAUGAAUUGGACUAGAAGAGUGUAUAAAUAUAUGGAACCUUAUGUUUCAAAGUCUCCAAGAGCUGCAUAUGUGAAUUACAGAGACCUUGACAUUGGGAUUAAUAACAAUGGCUACACCAGCUACGACCAAGCCAGCAUUUGGGGUGUCAAGUAUUUCGGUAGCAAUUUCAGGAGAUUGGUAGAAGUGAAGACCAAAGUUGAUCCUCAUAAUUUUUUUAGAAACGAACAAAGCAUUCCUACACUGUCCAAAGAAGGAAAUUAUAAUAAGGAAUUCAUUUAGCAUCUACAAUUCAAAUCAAAUAAUUAAUGUUGAAUGUUUUUAAUUCAUUUUUUUUUUCAAUAGUAAACCAUCCAGUAUCUACCAUUCAAAUAAAAUAUAAUAAACGUUGUAUAUUGUGGUCGACGAAGGACCGAGAAUAAUAAACCAAGGAUAUACAAUAGUUA